CCGACAAUCGUGUGGAGUGAACAGUACAUAACGGGACAACCAUGUAUCACCAUAUAUUCCUGGGGUUGAUUUCGAUGGCAGCAGCCUUCCCUGGUAUCAUUCACGAGGAGACCCCACACUACGAACACCAAGCACCAAUUGCUGAAUCAGGUCACCAUCACCAAGUUCAACACGAACACGCGAAGUCACAUCAAUCAAUCAAAUUCGAACACUUUCACCCAGUUCCGGUUUAUGUGAAGAAGGAACACAGCCAUUUGCUUAAACAUCCAUUAGAGAAGGGACAUAGUGAACAGAAUCUGAAGCAAGUCCACCCUGAGACUCAGCACAAUCAUGGCUAUGGUCUCGUGCUGGAAGACCACAGAGAGAAUACUGAUCAUCACGCCCAAUUGCACCAUGGAGGUUUUGAACAUGCUGGCUUUGAAAAUGCUGGCUCAGAACAUGGAGGAUUAGAGCAUGCAGGUAUUGAACACGGUGGUUUUGAACAUGCUGGCUUACAGCACGCCGGCUUUGAACACGCCGGCUUAGAGCACGCUGGCGCACAGCAAGCAGAACACGGCCAUGGUGGUUUUGAGCACUAUUCUGGUGGUUAUGAGGGUGGCGAAGGCCUGAAAGCAUAUGCUGAGAGUCACCAACCACAAAUUCAGGAUCACUACUACGGCGGACAGGAGCAAAGCUUAUCAGGAAACAACGGAGAGUCUUACAAUUUUGGUCAUCAUUAAAUACCUUCUAAGCUAAGCUACAUAGACUGAAGGCUUUGUAUUUUUUGCCUUGUUACUAUUAGAGUAGCGCUUUGUCUUUUAAACGUACCUGAAUAUGUGAAUGGAUGAAUGAUUGCCAUGUGUUGCCUUAUUUCUAUGUAUUAAGUAUUAAAAUAGCUUGAAUCUCAAAAGUAUUGUGACUGAGCGAUGUUUGUUGAGUCCAAGUGGAUAUGUGAUAUUAAAUAAAGAUGUUGAAACCUUAA